CGUCUUGGCCGCAGGUGGGCAGCAUUGAGCCGGUCAGCUCGCACCCCCUCCCCUCUCCCUUUGCACGCCGUAUUAGCAUUUUCCCCAAAAUCUGUCCACCUCACCAAAACACUCCGAAUGGGAAGAAAAUAUGGCAUGAAGGAGGCAGCUGACGACCACGGUUCACCCUCUUCUACCGAGCGCGAGCCCCGACUGAACAUGGACUUAAGAACACGCGGCGUAAGCAGCAGCGCGUGCGGAGAGCAGAGACAACGGAGCACAAAGCGGAUCGAAGAAAACGCUUGGGUUGUCGCUUAGCGUUUCACGACCCAUCCUCAGCCUGUGAUAUCGCUACAGACGCCCAGAAAGGACACAAGGUGGAGGCCGGCGGGCUGCUCCGAGCCUCACACGAGGGUAUAUACUGAAAUAAUAGCGGGACGUAUUGAGGAGCCUCAUCAGUGCCAUCAGCCCCGGUUGAAUAAAAGAGGAGGAAAAUGAGUGAACAGAGUAUCUGCCAGGCGCGGGCCUCUGUGAUGGUCUACGAUGAUGCCAGUAAGAAAUGGGUGCCCAUCAAGCCUGGGCAACAGGGCUUCAGCCGAAUCAACAUCUACCACAAUACUGCCAACAACACCUUCAGAGUGGUGGGCGUUAAACUGCAGGACCAGCAGGUGGUGAUCAACUAUUCCAUAGUGAAGGGCCUGAAGUACAAUCAGGCCACCCCGACCUUCCAUCAGUGGCGUGAUGCCCGGCAGGUCUACGGGCUGAACUUCGCCAGUAAGGAGGAGGCGACCACCUUCUCCAACGCCAUGCUGUUCGCCCUCAACGUCCUCAGCUCACCUGACGGCGGAGGCCCAGUCGUGCAGCGCCAAAAUGGGCCCUCCUCAGACGAAAACGAAGCACAGAGGAGGAUGAUGGAGCAACAUCAGAUGCACAAGGAGAGGGAGCGACGGACGUCAGGAUCAGCUGCAGCUCCAGCACCUAUGGCUGGUCCUCCAGCCCCACCGCCACCACCUGGUCCACCACCCCCGAUGGCCGUGCCGCCACCCAUGCCGCCUCCAUUACCCGCUGGUGGAGGGCCUCCUGGUGGCCCACCUGGGGUCCAACACCAACCCUCAGGACUGGCUGCGGCGCUGGCUGGAGCCAAGCUACGUAAAGUGCAUAGGGAUGAGAGCAGCCCUCCUGGUUCCAGUGGCAAAAGUGACUCCAACCGGUCUAGCGGUGGCAGUGGCGGCGGAGGGGAGGGACUGAUGCAGGAGAUGAAUGCCUUACUAGCACGCAGACGAAAAGCUUCUGAGAAACCUGAUGAAGAUGACUCAGGUGGUCGGGGAUCAGGUCAGCAGAACUCAACAGAUGCUGUGAAGAAGCCAUGGGAGCGAUCCAACUCUGCAGAAAAGUCCUCACUGGUGUCCAGAGUGAGGCCCAUCGGCAGCACUAGUGAAGCAGACACAGAGUUUGACAGGAUGAAACAGGAGAUUUUGGACGAAGUCGUGCGCGAGUUGCAUAAGGUGAAAGACGAGAUCAUUAACGCCAUCAGACAAGAAAUCGGCAGAAUCAGUACAUCCUAAUCUCAUCCGAGCGUACAGAUGGAAGAGGAGGAGCAGCAGGAGGAGAGCGACGGAGGAGCUGGAGGAGGACGGACACGCAGAUGCACAGACGCGAGGACCAGGGAAUGUUCUCUCAAUGUUUCUGUGACCUCACAGACGCCAUCGUUCGAGUUGCAGAGACGUUGUGGCAACAUUUAAGUCUGCUGGACAGCAAAAAUAAAAGGAAGAAACAGAGACAAGAGAGCGUGGAUUAACGAGAGGGACGAGCAGAAGAAACGUGGGGAUGGAUUAAAGGAAGACUGACGUACAGGAUGAACUCAAACAGAGGUUGACAGAUGGACUAAAAGAAGAAGUGAGGAAAAGAAGGACAUUCGUGCUGAGUUUUGGUGUUGUGGUCCUCUCUGUGCACCUAGACUCAGUCAGCCCAGUGUUGCAACUCUUUGUUUGCCGUUCAGUCCAAGUCUUAAGAAGAAAAUAUUUUUGUUUUCUAAGUUUUUACUGUUUUAUUAUUUAAAAAAAUGUGGUGAUAAUGAUGAUGCUGUUGAUGACAAUGAGUAUUUUAUUGAUAUUCUAGAGGGAGAAAGGAAUCUUGCACACCCUACGUCAGCCUUUUAUAUUUUCUAUUGUUUUUGUUUAGUUUAUCCCUAACUCGUUGACGAUAACAAGCACAAUAUGGGCAUAGUGGUGCCGCGUACCCACCUGCCCUCAACUGGCAUAUUUAAAAAAAAAAGAAAGAAAAAAAAGACUUUUUACAACCUUGCUCAUACUGGCGUUGUGUAUCUAACCUUUAAGAAAAAAAUAGCUUAAACCACUUGAAUUACCUCAAUUUCCUCAUAUUUAAAGGCAUAACAAUUUUUUUUGUUUUUAGCAAUGAAUCAGAUAACACACAAAAAGUCUGCUCUGCAACUCCAGUGUGACCGAGGUUUCUCUGUAACUGUUCGGAUGUGCGAGAUCACUGAAACUCGGGGAUCAUUCACAAAAAACAGGCCGAUAACUUUAAAUGUGCCACCUGGUUUUACCUAGGU